AUGAUUUAUGCCCCAUGUCUCAACUUCGUACAAGAAGAAGAAAUCAUCGAAGAAUUAAAAAGUCAGGGAGUAUCAGGCAUUUACAAAUUCACUCGCACACUCGAUGGCAAGACAAUGCCCACUGGAAAAAUGGCAGUCAAUUUCGACUUAUACCAUCUUCCAAAAACUCUGGACAUAGCAUGGUACAAGGUAAAAGGUUCCCCUUAUUACCCAAACCCGAUGCGCUGCAAGAAUUGCCAACUUCUUGGCCACACAAAAACCCGAUGCACUAACCCUAGCACAUGCGAUGGAUGCAACUUACCACCCCAUUCCCCAACAGAAUGUACACGUAAACAGUGCGCAAACUGUGGCGAAGCUCACUUCUCUUCGGAUAGAGACUGCCCUAGAUAUAAGCAAACCAAAGAAAUCUUAAAAAUAAAAAAAAUCGAAAAGUGCUCGAUGGGCGAAGCCCGCCGCAAAUAUAGCGAAUGUUUAAAUCAUGUACAAAAACCUCAAGAAACAUAUUCCAACAUCUGCCGAUCAGAUACUAACAAAUCAAAUACGCCAACAAUAACAACAUUCAAACGAUCUGCUUCACCAACAAAAACCAAUACGACCAAAAUACCAAAAACUCAUACGUCUCCAAACAAAAGCAAAACCGACAACGUCACCGCUAUUCAAAGGACAACUACCCAAGUUACUAACAAUAUGAACAAAAAUGCAAACGACAGCAUUAAGAAAACAACAACGAACACUUCACUUGAAUGUAUACUACCACACUUCAGCAAAGCACCAAUCAACACACAAACCAACACUAGCGCAUCUCCACUCAGCAAUAUAACUCAGCAACUUCUAUCAGCAGACAAAUAUUUUAUGUCUGUCUCAGACUCCGAAGAAGAGCCUAAAUUAUAG